AUGGCCUCGCCAACUGCCGCCGCUCAAGUCCUCGGACUGCCAGAGCUACUCGAGCACAUUCUCUUCUAUGUCGGCAAGGACAGCUACCACAACAAUGCGGAAUUUCGCUCCACUCUCCACGCCCCUCUCCAACUCCUCGAGGCCACGCUUGACGGGUACGACAACAAUACUAGCUUCAGAUCAUCGAAUAAAUACGAGCACCACCCCACCCCGCAUCCAGCAAUGGCCCUCUUCGUCCUCCAACGUGUCAACCGUACCUUCCAAAGCGUCAUACUCGACUCUAGAAAGCUUCGCGACCUCAUGUGCCUGCAGAAAUCCAGCAGCACACGACUCGAAGAUCGGCAGGUGCCCCUCAUCUGGCUUCUAAUGAGAAAUGGCUUCAACCAGGUCAACAUCAGAGAGCUCGACUCGGCGCGGAAGACUACGAGUGUUAUGAUCUACAACCGGCGUUACCACGACACAUGGAGUCGCGCAUCAUUCGUGAAAGUGGACCAUCCAACCGCUUCGUGGCGUCAGAUGAUAGUCAAGCCUACCGUUGUGGGUGGCUUCGUGCAGACGUUCAGAGUUACAGAGAGCAAGACUUUGGGAGAGGUAUAUGAUUGGAAUCUCAAGAGCUUCCGGAAGUGA